UUGGAUUUAUCACUUCGUUUGACUUCAUGGCAUAUUGUCAGAUGAAAUCUACGGUGAUGAGUCUUCGCAGAUGUCUCCGUUGCAGGCGGACAUCCCGUCUACCUGUACUGCUGUUAAUGACUGGGGCAUUGAUUUACAUCUUCCAAUUCAUGAACGGUUUUGAAAUCCUGUCGUCAGCAGUGGCGAAAGCUAAAACAAGUUGCAAUUUGAUGGCUAUGAACAGGUCCGAUACGUCCGGAGAAAUCAUCCACAGGGAAAAUAAAAAGGGUCCUCCUUUCCAGUUAACAGAAGCAAUGGCGGCUAUCAGGUCAGACAAGAGUGGUAGCUCCAAAUCUCCUACAUCAACAUCCUGUAAAGAGGAAUCGUUAUCUUCAGCACAACAUGACUUGGGCCAACAUCAAAAUACGACAUCAGACUUUGUCUUGGUGUGGUCGCAUUAUGCCGCAAUUCCACAAACGUUUAUGGAUAAAAUGGAGACCUUACUCCAGUUUAAUCCAGGGAAACGCGUUAUAUUUUUUUGUGGAAGCAGUGGAUGUAUAGAUCAAAUAGACGCCAAGGCGUGGAAACACGUAACAGCAUUUCGUUUACUGUUGUCUGAGUUAACCCAGGGAACACCACUGGACGAUUUUGUCUCUAAAUCCGCCUUUCUAAAAUUGCUCUUGGGUCGUAAAUUUAUGGCAGUCGUACACGAAGUAAGUGUUUUACUUGUACUGUGGAGAUUUGGUGGACUCCACAUAAAUUUAAUAAGAAUGGUGCCGUCAAAUUUACCAGAUGAAUAUUUCACAGGGGAAUGGGUGUCCACUGAAGGCAUCUUUUUCAUAUCCAGAUUUGAACGACAUUCGUUGUUCGUCAAAAGUGCUAUGGUCGAGAUUCAGUCGGCCUACAGCAGUCUCAGUAGAAGUCAAAUCCAAAAUUGGGACACUGCUUCAGUCUUGAUAAAAUCAAAGGUUCUAAGCCAGUUAGAUGAGAGACAGUUUGAAAAGGAUAGUAUGGGUUCUGUAAUGCCCUUUUUGCAAGAUGAACACUUUGGGAUCCUAACAUUUGACAAUCGAGUGAAGGUGGCGAGAGACAUCAACGAUGAAAUUCAAACUCUAGCAGGGCUACAAUUCCUUCCCUUUGUUGACCUGUUGGUGGACAGGGAUACUUGGAACGUCACCAGUGUAGUAAAGUUAAUUCCUCAAUCGGAGAAUACUGACAUAUUUUCGGAAGAAAACACUAAAAGGGAAAUCCAUGGGAAGGCAACAAAUUGGUCUUUGUACAUGACCCGAAAUGCUGGAGGUAUUGGCAUAUCUAAAACAAAAGACACAAAAGAUCACCGACAGUUUUUUACUAUUCGGCCUGCACUCUCAACGGCAGCAUCAAAGGCUCCUGAUUACAGCGGCAGUAACUCUCACCGACCCUCGUCUCAGCGGUCUACCCAGCAGCCCUAG